AUGGCUGAUAUCAAAGUUCAACAACGCCCACACCCCCAACCACAACCACAAUCACCACCAUCACCACCACCAACAUCUUCUGCACCUGUUCGAUUAAACAGCCCAUCUGUUGUAUCCACUAACGAAAAUACCACCUCUUCUGGUACCAACAUCAACUACAACAACAAUAAUAGUAUUGCUGUUCCUACUACUACCACUAAUACCAGCUUACCAUCUUUUGAACAGACAAGAAAGAAUAUCCAUGACCACAAUAGACCAAACUUGGCUUCCCAAAUGAAUUCAACUCAAUUACCAGGAGUAGCAAAGUUGGUGUCUUCUUCACAAGACUCUAUAAACCACACAGACCCAAAGAACUACACUCCGCUGUACUGCACUCCUACUUUUAAAGCCAAACUAGGAAGUGUAAAUGUUAAUGGAAAUGGAAAUGUACUUGGUGACUCUAGUGCUUCUACGAGUACAGUCAACUCCCCAAAUUAUCGUAUUAUAGGCCGCGGCCCCGACGAUAUACUGACCUCUUUACCAACACCACCAACCAAAGUCAAGGACGAAGAGGAUGUAGAUGAGGAAGAACAAGAAGAAAAACAAAAACAAAAACAAAAAGAGGAAGUGGAGGAAAAGGAGAAACAACAAAAGCAACGUCAGCCAAAUGCUUCUAUCCAACUCCAAAAACAACAAAGCUUGAGCCAAAACGACUCUUCUGAAGAAAAAAUGUCAUCACCAGUUUGUCGAAAUUGCCAAACUCAAACUACACCACUUUGGAGAAGAGACGAGACCGGACAGGUCUUGUGUAACGCUUGUGGAUUAUUUCUUAAAUUACACGGAAGACCAAGACCCAUUAGCUUAAAGACAGACACCAUAAAGUCGAGAAAUAGAGUUAAACACAGCGGAGCAGGAGGAAAUUCCAAUAGUGGAUCAAAUACUAAUAAUUCACAAUCACAAUCACAAUCACAGCAACAACAACAUCAAUCUGUUUCCUCAGCAAAAACUUCAGGCGCAAACACUCCAGAACUCAAAUCAAAAGACUCGAGAGAUGCUAAAGAGUCAAAGAGCAAAAAACAAACAUCGCCAAAAUUGAAGAAAUUUAAAAGCGGAAACAAGUCUGACUUGACUCCACUCUUGCCAAACACCAAUAAGGAAUCAUACCAUCACAACCAUCCUUCCCUAUUAUCCACCACCACUAAUACUACCACUACUACUGCUUCUUCUUCUUCUUCUGCUUUACCUGUUAACAUGGGUAUGCAAAACCAUCACUUGAUGCAUUCUCAAGUUCCAUUACACUACCCAUCCUCAACACCAGCACAAUUUGCACCGGGCUUGAGAAGAAUUACAUCUCCAUUGUUACUCUCCUCACCAGCAGUGAAAAACGAGGCUGAUCACCAAUUGAAUUCAUUACAAGCAGCAGCUGGUGUUUUGGAGAAUUUGUCUAACUCAUCAAACAUGUCAAAUGAGUUGGGACCAAAUGCUACCUUCAAAGGAGGAGUCUCAUUACUCAACAAAAAGGGUAACAAACCAUACCAACAAUAUUCGAAAAAUGGUAGUGGUUCAUUGUUUGGAGCAGUACCAACAACUACUUCAACUACAGGAACACCAGCACCACAUUUACCUCGAUUACCACCAUUAAACAAGAACUCACCUGUGUUUGGUGGCGUUAAUGGCGACCACAACGGCCACACCAGCAAUGGUAUUAGUAGAGCAUCAACACCAACUUUACCACCCUUGCACGAAAUGGCCAAUGGUCAAUCUACUUCAGGAAAUGCUGGUGUUUCAAAGCCAUUUGACUCACUUUCCAUGUCGAUGCACUCUAAUGGUGCAACAAAUCAAAACAGCAGUAAUCAAGGCAACCAAAACAGUUCCAACUCGUUCAAUAAUGGAAACAACGAUAACAGAAGUAGUAUUAAUAGUAAUAAUAACAAUACUAAUAACGGUAAUAAUACUUUGCAACAACAACAGCAGCAGCAACAACAGCAACAGCAGCAACAACAAGCACCACCUCCGCCACCGCCGCCACCUUCAUCUAAUCAAACAUUUACAUCUACACAUGAGAUUACUUUACUCAAGACAAGAAUCUCUGAGUUGGAGUUGGUCAAUGACUUGUACAGAACAAGAAUAAUGGAACUUGAGGCAAUGGAACAGGCUGCUAGAUUGAGAGAAAAUUCAAUGAGGAAAAGACUAGAUGAAGUGAUGAAUUUACAAGCAAGUACCUUGCUUCAACAUCAACAACACCAACAGCAACAACAUCAGCAGCAGCAGCAACAAAGACUAGAGGAACAAAGCGUUGACUCAACAUCACCCAAUCAUCAACCACACCAAAGCCAGUUACCCUCUUUUCAAAACAAAUCUGGCACAACACCAGCAUCGUACAAUCACCAAAAUGAGUAUGGAGUUAUGCUUGCACCAUUGAAACGUGAUCACGAAGGAAACACUAUUGACAAGAGAAAAAAUAUUAGUUGA